AUGAUUUCCCCGAGGGUGUACCAGUUCUUGGUGGGCGUGUUCGCCUCGUUGGGGUCGUUCAACUAUGGAUAUGAUCUCGGUGUUAUCGGAGGCAGUGUUGCCUCGGACUCUUUCGUCGCAUCGUUCAACCCCAACAAGGACCAAGUUGGUGCUGUGGUGUCUCUGUUCACCGGUGGCGGUUUCUUCGGGGCCGCUCUUGCAGGGCCUUGCGGUGACUUGCUCGGCCGGAGGCUGACUAUCAUGAUCGGUGCCCUCAUUUUCUGCCUCGGAGGUGCCCUGCAAGCCGCGGGCCAGCACUUGAACUUCUUCUACGCGGGUCGCGCUGUCGGAGGUCUUGGCGUUGGUUUCUUGGUCAUGAUCGUGCCAAUGUACCAGGCCGAAAUUUCUCACCCUUCCAUUCGAGGCCGGGUCACCGGUCUGCAGCAAUUUAUGCUGGGAAUAGGGGCUGUGGUUGCGACAUGGACGGUAUACGGCACCAACCUGCACUACAAAACGAACCAACAGUGGCGCAUCCCCCUUGGUCUUCAGAUCAUCCCGGCGGGCAUCCUUGCGCUCAUGAUUCUCCUCUUCCCGGAGUCACCUCGUUGGUUGAUCGACCACGGCAAGGAACAGGAAGGGCUGAAGACUCUGGCGAGGCUCCACGCCAACGGCGAUGAGAACGACGUAUGGGUGCAGGCCGAGUUCGCCCAGAUCCAAGCCGCCAUCACGCACGAGCACGAGAACGAGGCCAAGGGCUACCGCGACCUCUUUACCGACCGGUCGAGCUUCCGCCGGCUCCUACUCAUGGUCGCCCUGCAGGCAUCGGUGCAGAUGACGGGCGUCUCUGCGAUCCAGUACUUCACGCCCGACAUCUACAAGCAGGUCAACAUCGGGACGACAGACUCGCUCAAGUACCAGGCCAUCAGCAACGUGCUCUCCGUCAUCGCGCAGCUCUGCACGAUCCUCUUCAUCGACAGGCUCGGCCGCCGCUGGCCCCUGAUCAUCGGCAACGGGGUCAACUGCGUCUGCUUCGUCAUCGUCACCGCCGCCAUCGCGAGCUUCCCCGGCGCCUCGCCCUCGGGCCAGAGCGCGCUCGCCUGGGUCUUCAUCGUCACCAACUGGUUCUACCAGGUCAGCUUCUCCUUCACCUGCGGCUCGCUGUCGUGGAUCAUCCCCGCCGAGGUCUUCGACACCAAGACGCGGUCCAAGGGCAUCUCCAUCGGCGUCAUGACCUCGUUCGCCUUCAACACCAUGAUCGGGCAGAUCACCGCUCCCGCUAUUGCUAACAUCGGCUGGAGGUACUUCCUCAUCUUUGUGGUGUGCAACUUCACAAACGCCAUCUUCUUCUGGGCUUUCAUGCCUGAGACCAAGAAGCUGCCCCUGGAGGAGAUGAACGCCUUGUUCUCAUCGAGCUCGUGGUUCGUGGCUGGGCAGUCGAGGAAACGGAUCCAGAGCGAGCUGGACGCCCGGGUCAGUGAAGUGAGGAGGGAGAAGGGCGAUGUCGUUGAGGCUGAAUACUAG